AGCCAAACCGAACAAGCGGAAAGGACAACAAUCACAUCACUCCCACUCCACCACAUCUACCCAUUAAUUUCCAAAUUUCCAAAAAUCAUCGAAAAAAGCAUGGAGCUAACAGCACAGCAGCUGAAGGCAUACGACGGUACAGAUCCGUCAAAGCCAAUCUACGUGGCAAUCAAAGGUCGCAUCUUUGACGUCACCGCCGGCAAUUCCUUCUAUGGUCCCGGCGGCGCCUACUGUAUGUUCGCCGGAAAAGAUGCAAGCAGAGCACUCGCAAAGAUGAGUAAGAACGAAGAGGACGUUACCCCCUCGCUCGAUGGCCUUUCUGAGAAAGAAAUGGGGGUUCUCAACGAUUGGGAGAAGAAAUUCGAAGCUAAGUACCCAAUCGUUGGCACUGUUAUUUAUUAAUCUAAUAAAUGAAGUGGGUUUGGGGAUCUGGGGUUUUUGUGCUAUUAUGAAUAAAUAUAGGGUUUCCUUAGGAUGGCUCAUGGGUCUGUUUGUGUAAUAGACAAAAUUAACUUGUGACUUUUGUGCAAUUACGAAUAAAUCUAAGGUUUUACUCUUGAGAUCGUGCUGGGUAUUUCUUAUGGGUCUUUUUAUUUAUGAUUGAUGUGUAUGCAGUUUGGGAUUUGGAAAGCGGGAUGCACAAUGUUGUAACAAUUUGUAUUUGAAGUACAACUGAUUUAGCAUAUGGUACAACACUAUUUUGCUC